AAUAAAGAGAAGUUUUCAAACCCAUUGGAGCUGUUUCAGUGGGUGUGAAGGGAAGAAACUGCAGGGAGGUGUGGAAGCCGCUCUCUCUGCACACUGUAAAAAGUGACGACGUUAUCUGCUCACUCCUCGUAGUUUCGAGCGUUUAAAAUAAUGAGCUCACUUUUAGAAUGAACUGAAACCUCCAGAAAGCUUUCCAGUAUCUGUUUUUGUUCUUUCAAACUCAACAGUACUCGCGGAAGGUUCUGGAAAAAUACAUGGAGGUGAACGAAAGCGACACUUUUCAGCAGAAAUGUGUGGGGAUGAAUUGAGACCUCGUGGAGUUCGAGCGCGGUAAAAAGGUCGAGUCAAACGGCGCGCGGGGAGCGGCGCGUGCUCCGCCACAGUGAGGGCGGGCGUUUCUUUUUGCAGCGCGCUGCCUCCACACAUCACAACCACCGCGAGGACGGGAUUCACCCGCGUGCGUGUCCCACGCGCUCCCACAGCGAUGCGGAGCUGAGACGGACGGACGGACGGACUCCUCUCGCGCCAGCUGCUCGGGCGUCUGAUGAGCAGGAUGGGGAGACCGGCGGGGAUGAGGAACCUGGAUGCUUUGGAAGGAGAAACGCGGCAACUUUCACUCCUCCUCACACUCUUCUGCUCUUCUCUCCGUGCGUGUCUCUAAAGCGCAACAGCAUGCAGAUCUCUCCUCUGGAAGACAAGAGCCCAGUCAUGGGAGCCCCUCCAAGCCCCCAAGUAAGAAGCGAAGGCCUGUACUUCUGUGAUGGCAAGCGGAAAGUCGACUACGUCCUGGUUUUCCAUCAUCGUCGACUCAGCUCCAUACGCUCGCUCGUCAGCGGCUCUGUUUCUCAGGACCAGCUGUCUGUUGUCUCCAAUGGCAACUUUCCUCCAGCAACGAGCUCGGAUCCAGCGGCGGGACGAGGGGGGGACAUUCCGGGAGGGGAGGCGGCAAGCGUCGGCGAGGUGUUCAUGGAACUUGGCAGCGCAAAAGGAAGCGAGCCCAUGGAGCCCGUUGACCAAGAGAUGCACCUGAUCAGACAAGAGUUUGAGACCAACCUGCUGGAGGCGGGGCUUGAGAUCGAGAGGGAAAAAGAGGUAAAGACCCACGGACCCAGUUUCACUCGGAUCCACGCGCCCUGGCCUGUUCUGUGCAGAGAGGCUGAGUUUCUGAAGAUCAGAGUUCCCACCAAGGCGAGCUACGAGCUGAAGGAAGAAAGAGGCUUUGGGUCCAGUAUGAGUUCCAUGUGGAGGAAGCUGAACCAGCCCUUCCAGCCCAAAGUGUCUCUUCAGGACCACUGCAGCACCAAGUUUCUGUCUCACUGCUUCUCCCGGGACAAGCUUCACCUGUACAACAUCUCGUCUAAAGACACGUUCUUUGACAAUGCUACCAGAGGCAGAAUAGUGUAUGAGAUCCUGAGGCGUACAGUGUGCGUGCGGACAUGUCAGACGAUAGGUGAGGACGCCAAACAUCAACAGACACACCAAACAUGCGGAAUCAGCACUUUGAUAGCGAAAGGAGUGUAUGAUUCUGCCUUUCCUCUCCACGACGGUGACUAUAAGGUCAUCGGACACCUGGAGGAGCGUACUGACAGACAGGUUCUGAAUGAAGAGUGGGCCAGAUACUCAGCCUUCUACAAGUACCAGCCCAUUGAUCUGGUCAGGAAGUACUUUGGGGAGAAGAUCGGCCUGUACUUCGCUUGGCUGGGCGUUUACACUCAGCUGCUCAUCCCUGCCUCCAUAGUGGGAAUCAUCGUGUUUGGCUACGGGGUCGCAACAGUGGACACUAAUUUACCCAGUCUGGAGAUGUGUGACGGGCGUCUCAAUUUCACCAUGUGUCCUCUGUGUGACGGGGCCUGCGACUUCUGGCAUCUCAGCACUGCCUGCGGCACCGCCAGAGCUUCGCACCUCUUCGAUAACCCCGCUACAGUCUUCUUCGCCAUCUUCAUGUCUCUGUGGGCCGUGCUUUUCCUGGAGCACUGGAAGCGCCGGCAGAUCAGUCUGAGCUUCAGCUGGGAUCUGACGGGCAUAGAGGAAGAUGAGGAACACCCCCGACCCAAAUACGAGACCAUCCUGCUCCAAAAGAGACAGAGGAAGCUGAAAAAUAAGAAAAAGAGGAAAAAAAGUGAGCCAGAGAAGCAGGAGGACGGGGCAGUGACAGGGAAGGACAGAUGGAGACAAAAACUACUGUCUGCCAUGGCUGCAGGAGCACCGCCUCCUGUUGAUAAGCUGACCUGGAAAGACCGUCUCCCAGGAUACUUGAUCAACGUUACCUCCAUCCUUUUCAUGUUUGGGCUGACAUUUUCAGCGGUUUUCAGCGUCAUCAUCUACCGGAUCACAGUGUCAGCCCUGAUGGCGAUGAGCCCGGACCCAGAAAUCAAGUCCAAUGUUCGGGUAACAGUGACGGCCACCGCAGUCAUCAUCAAUCUUGUGGUUAUCCUGAUUCUGGACGAAAUCUACGGAGCAGUGGCACAGUGGCUGACGGAGCUAGAGAUUCCCAAAACAGAGACCAACUUCGAGGAGCGGCUCAUCAUGAAAGCCUUCAUGCUCAAGUUCAUGAACGCGUACGCUCCCAUCUUUUACGUGGCGUUCUUCAAAGGACGAUUUGUGGGUCGACCUGGGAGUUACGUUUACGUAUUCAACAAUUACCGCAUGGAGGAGUGUGCUCCAGGAGGCUGCCUCAUUGAGCUGUGCAUCCAGCUCAGCAUUAUCAUGCUGGGAAAACAGCUGAUCCAAAACAACAUAUUUGAGAUCGGCAUCCCCAGGAAGUUAAAGAAGUUGAUACGAGCUUUGAAGGAGAAGGGAAAAACACCAAAGGCGAGGGAGGAGGAAAAGCCUCCCCAGCAGUGGAACCUGGACUACGCCCUGGCCCCCUUUGAAGGCCUCACCCCAGAAUACAUGGAGAUGAUCAUCCAGUUUGGUUUCGUCUCUCUGUUCGUGGCUUCGUUCCCGCUGGCGCCGCUCUUUGCCUUGUUGAACAAUGUCAUCGAGAUCAGACUGGACGCCAAGAAGUUUGUAACGGAGCUACGCAGGCCAGUCGCUGCUCGUGCUAAAGACAUCGGCAUAUGGUUCAACAUACUGAGUGGAAUGGGCAAAUUGUCAGUCAUUAUAAAUGCCUUUGUGAUCUCCUUCACGUCUGACUUCAUCCCUCGGCUGGUCUACCAGUACAUGUACAGUCCGUCAGGCACCAUGCACGGCUUCAUUGACCACACACUCUCCUACUUCAACGUGUCCAACUUUAAGCCUGGCUCAGCGCCGCAGAACUCUGAGCACGAAGACAUCACCUUCUGCCGCUAUAAGGACUACAGGGAGCCCCCCUGGUCUUCAGAUGCGUACCAGCUCUCCAAACAAUACUGGAGCGUCCUGGCGGCCAGACUGGCUUUCGUCAUUCUGUUCCAGAAUCUGGUGAUGUUCCUUGGCCUCAUGGUGGCUUGGGUGAUCCCCGACGUUCCCAAAACCAUCGUUGAGCAACUGAAACGGGAGAAGAAGCUCCUAGUAAACCUGUUUCUACAGGAAGAGAAGGAGAAAUUCCAGCUCAUCCAGAGUCUCUUUGCCAAGGAUUCCAUCCUCCAGUCCAACAGCCAAGUGUCCAACCCGUCCCAGGGCUUGCCCAUCCUGGGCCGCUACAGUACUCUGCCGUCAGGCCCUGCGGCUGGAGACGGCGGAGGAGGCGGUCCGAGGCCCAGAUGCAGGGCCGCAAGCUUCAGCCAGUUCAGCGGGAAGACUUCCUCAUCCCCCAAGAACGAAAAUGCAAACUCAAGACAGACGGCAGUGUGACAUGCACCACUUCACAGGCGGGGAGCUCCACCCGGGCCUCGGGGCUGGAACCGGAGCGGCUCGGUCCGCGUCAUUACCCGUGUCGAUGUUUCUGGUGUGUGUGACAGCAGUAGAGAGUGAAUCGUCAACAGUAACGUUUGUGCUCAGCGGUCGGCCUGCGACGCUCGCCCCGGCUGAAUGAUGGGUGCGUGGCUGUAAUGUUCCCUCACACGACUGUUCGCCUGAAAAAGUGUUGUCAUUUUUACUUUUUGGUAAAAAGUAAUUCCUUAGAGAGGCACCGAAGCUUCAUAGCGUAGAAAAGCAAUAAUUAUUACCGCAUUAGGCAGAAAAAGUGAACAUUACAGGAACCUUAAGGAACGACAGGCCGGUUCAACAUGAAGCAUCCACAUCAUGAGCAGACUAAUAAGGCUUUGUGGCAUUAGGGCUGUCCGGUUUGUAUUUUCCUGCUUUAUUCUCUUUACGUGUUUUUGUUUACAGAUUUUGUAGCUUUUACAGGAGUCUGUUUUCUUUCGUCGCUUUGAUUCAGGAAUCACUUUAAACGUUUUCUAGUUCGUGCUCCAACCGUAUUGUGACUGAAGACAGCGCUGCUGGUACUAAUGGACUCAACAUGCCAACGUGGUACAACGGUUAAGCCACAACUUCAUGUCUAAGAAGCAGUCUUCAACAAAUAACGCAACAUUUUCUAGAGCCACAUGGACAGCUGUUGGCUGACCGCGAAAGGAAGAAACUCUCUGUUAUUUCUGAGUCAACACAAUGGAAAGAGUGCAACCACAGUUAGUUAAAUAUGACCUCAUUAGCUGUGUCUGAAUUCCCCCCCACUCACUAUAUAGUCCAUUCACCAUUUUCCAGUGCUGUCUGAAUCUACUCAUUCCAAAAUCGAGUGCACUAGAAACUUCCCAGAAACUAGAUUAGCAAAUAGAGACCACAAUGCAUUGCAGUUGAACAAUUUUGAACCAAAAAAAUUGUUUAAAUGUAAUUUUUUAAUAAACCAUCCACAUUUUCACUAUCAGAACACAAUAGAUUCAUAAAUAUGCGUAAAAUGUUGAUUCAAUUUUGACUUUGUGAAAUCGGUGACAUCAUAUCCAGCGUUUGGAAAAAUGAAAGAAAAGUAGUGAGUGUUGUGUCCGAAUUGCCUUUAAAAUUCAGAUCACCAGAUAGUUUGUAGUAGUUAGGGGUCAGGGCAGGAAUUCAGACAUUAUCAUUGUCUUUGUUAUGAGAUAAGCCCCAACACUGCAUCCUAUUUAGUUUGAACCUCAGUCACAAACAAGAGUUCUACUGCCUGAACAUGAUGUUGUGUUCCAUUGAUGAUAACACGUCAGUCUGCUCAUAGAAACCCUUUGCUGACAUUAAACACAAUAGUCAGGCAAAAAUAAUUUAGACACAUGGCUGCAAAAAUUUCUUAAAAAAAAAAAAACAUAAAAAAUACAAUUUUUAAAAAAUCAAUAGUGUAGUAGUUACAGACCCACUCCAAUGAAAAAGGUGUUUUUCACAUGUUCUGGUGUCCUCUUUUUCAUGAUAAAGGACAUUUCUGAAGGAAGAUACACUUAAAAUUGCUAAAUAUCUGUAUUGAAAUUGUUGUAAAUCAGGAGCGAAUGCAAAAUAAUAAAUAAAUAAAUAAUUGGAUAAAGCCUAAAGCUACUUAAGAAAGCCAGACGCUCCCUGCUCCACUCCAUUCUGAUCAUCCACCUACAGACAAAUAGAUCCAUGAACGUCUUCGUUUUCCUCGUCUGAGCUGGAACCUGGAUCUAAACUGUACGGCUGGAUAGAUAGUUCGCCAUCUUUGCUGGACCACUGAUGUUAAGUUGAAGCUGUGAGGAGUUGUAAGCUAGCAGAAGAGAAUGUAAACAGAUGGAUGAUGGUAUCACCAACAACUCACAAGCUCAUUUCCAAUAAACUACUGCUGUUCUACAGAAACUAUGUCCAAAAAAACAACAGAUUUAUUGUAUUAUUUUGACUAAAAACAGCAGGAUCAUUAUUAAAAAACAUGCACUUUGAAAAUAGAUAAAAAGAUCAUCGGAGAGAUAAUUUAACAAAUAAAAUAAAAUAAAUUGAUAAAAUGAUUGGUGUUUUUCUUUGUACAAAAAGACUUUAAUGGCAUAAAUUCAAGAAGAGCUCAAAGGUAACCAAACUCCAAAUUAACUUGUUCUCUCUGUUGACUUCUAUAAAUCGUUUUUUUAAAGUCAUUGACACAUUUUUGACAAAUAAAAUAAACUUGUUUAAUUCUUGAAAGUAUGGUCAAAAGCCACCUGUGUGCUGCUCCCUACAGGUUGAAAUGAGGUACUGCAGUUGAAUUUCGUGAUUGCUCCAAACAUGUACUGUAUUUUGCAGUCUACAAGUCGCUCCGGAGUAUAAGUCACACUUUUAAGAGAAAAGUUCCAACAUUUAUGAAGAAAUUUGCCAAACCCGACAUUGCCGACUUAUCACCAAAAUGUUUUUUUUCCUUCAGCCUGGUUAGAAUUUCCGAUUGCUGACAACAGCGGGGGUAUGGGUUGAAUAGUUUUCUCUAAAUCAACUAUUCUGACUCUAUUAGAGCUCCACGUGAUGCUAAAUUAGGGGCGUGUCUUUGUAAAUGCAGGGCAGGUGGUCCCCUGGUUGGACUCAAUGAAUCUCUAAUGUUGCUUUGUCCUCCCGUUUCAGUGACAUUCCUAAAUAAGGAAUGUUAAAUUUAUUUUCUUGAUUGCUUCAAAGCAAAACUUGUACUUUUUGAGCUUUUUUGAACAUCUUCAAAGCAUUUGCUUGAUGGGCUAAAGGUGACUUUGUCUAAUGGACUGAAAAAACGCGACCUGCUUUGUAAAGGCAACAUUUGCUGUAAUGUGUACAGGAUUGUAAGCAGAUUCUCUUUAAAAAUGUAACAGGUCAAUUCAAUACUCAGAAGGGCACUACUUUUCUAAAACUCUUUAAACCCAUUGAUUUUAAAUGAAAUAUUUAGAUUUUAAUUCCAUUUUUAGGGUUGGAUGUCCGGUUUUUCUGGUAGUGUCUCUAUGGAAAUACUCCAUUGUUGCUCCUUUAUAACCUGAAAUAGACAAAAGAGCACCUAAUGUGGUGAGGAAAAAGAUUCUUUACAGACAGAGAAGUUGCAUUUUGCUACUUUUGGUUUUUAAGACUAGAACCUUUGAAAAAAGGAAUACUUAUUUUCAAAUACAAAGUGCCCAAGUUCUUAAGAGGACAGGUUUGUUAACGUCAAAAUCGACUCCCGACCACAUUCUCUCUGCAUCAAUUUCAUGAGACUUCAUCUUUGAUGGUGUUUGCGUCUGGAGAUUUGUGGGUCAGAGUCGGUGCAACUGUUUGUGUGUCCCCUGUGUGAUCUCACCUGUUGAAGGAAUAGACGGGAGCCAUUUUGAAAACCACACGUAGGACUUGUUAACAUGCCGACAUGCUGUAAACCUUCCCUCUGUUUCUGAUGCCUUGUUAUCGUUUUUUUUUUUUUUUUUAACAUCUGUGUGCUCAGCUAGAACUCAAUCACAGACUGUUAACUUCAAAUGUAUUAAGAACUGACUUAAGGAAAUUGUGACAAAGAAAUAUUUGUUAUACAAGCUUCUGUUGUUCAUGCUUACCUUAAGAAAGUGUACACAGUCUUAAAUACAGAAAUAUUACACUGAUGACGAGCUCA